ACGAAGCACAGAUCAUCGAAUUUCUUUGGCUGCAAAUAAACUAAUGAUGCAUCGUACUUUAUUGCUCAUGGCCUUAAUCACGUCAGCGGUUUCAAGGAAUGACGAAGAGCUGUGUAGGGACAUGUUCGAAAGCUUCAUUGAGGGAAUGUCUAUGCAACCUUCUCCACAGUACUGUAGGGGAGUGAGCCACUUGAAUAACGUCCUCAAGCUCACGUCUCCAGUUGCUUUGCAGGGACUGGAGAAGAAGAAGGAGAAGGGACGGGUAGGUAAACCGUGUGAAUGCAUGGAGUUAGAGGUAACUUGGAAAAUAAGAUGUGUAAGAUGCGACCAAGAUCCAAGCCCGAAUGUAACCAAAUAUGAAUCACAUGUGAAUGUCUUAUAGAUCUCUCUCUAAAUAUAUAUUGUGAUGAAUCUUAUGAAAGAUCAUAUCUCUUAGUUUAUGUGAUUUGAGUUUCUAGUUAGAUGUGUGUGAUUAAUCAAGAAAGAGGGAUUCAAAACUAAUCACUAACUUUAUUAGCAAAGCCUUGAUUAGACAGA